UUGCUUUCAAUGUCAGCGACUCACUAAGCAGACGCCACUCCAUCGGCUGUUGCCGCAGCCAGGGGCGGACAACUCUGAACUAGGACUGACCUAGAGUUGUCUCAAGUCGUGCAGUCAAGAGUUGCUGGACCUCCAUGGAUGGAGAGCUGUGCAGCUGCUGAUGGAAGUAGGUGAAACUAAGUGGCGUGGCUGCUGAUUUAGGGGAAGACUGAGAGUUAAUUAGUCCACUCAGUCCCGUUAAUUAUAACGAAUCCAUCAACUGUUUAAUUAUUGCGAACGUACCCGAAUUUUACGACGAUGGAAGCAAAAAUACGUUUCAUACGCUCGUCAAUCACAAAACGAAUAUACCAGCAAUAAUAAUAAUACCCGACUGACAGUUGGCGCCAUCUCGCCUCGCUUACCGGAAAUGACGACACGGUGACAGCGCGCUAGAAUUUCGAGCACACGCGCGCGGACGGGGACUGAACAUCCGGGCUCUGCGGUGCUUCGCUCGCCCGUUAUGUCGUUCCGGAUUGUCGCGCACAGCGGAAGUGUCCGCGCAUCAUCGGAUGCGGCCGAGUUCCUUCAGGUUUGGCGGAAGUCACAUGCUGGCCUCGGCAUGACGUCAAUAUUGCUGAUGGUGACGGUGAUGGUGAUGGUGAUGGUGUGCUGCUGACACGGGCGGGUAGUGGCGUGAACGAGGUAUAGACAUGGCGUCUAACGACGAUGAUAAAGCGAGAGACAAGGAGCGGCAUGGUCGUCUGAUUAUUGUGACGAGUAUAUCAUCAAUAGAGGAAAUUGAUUUGACACAGAUAAUGCUCUGUGGGUAUGUCAUCUGUAUCUCUAUGCUGUGGAACGACACAAACUGGUCACAUGACCAGGCACGAAUGGUAUCCUGGAGAAGGAGGAUAGAUAACGAGGUGGCCAGAAGACCUGGCUUGCAGACUGGCUUUUCUGGAUUUGCUCAAGACAGACACGUGGCUCACCUUGUCUAUCCAGUCGCCCAUCUCACCACCUCGCCCCCCGACGAUCGGUGCAGGCGGACCAGGCUCCCCGGUCCUCAACUGGUAAUUGCCCUUCAUUCAUGGCUUUAGUUCAGCGAUUCAGCCGAGCGUGACCAAACCGUUAUGCCAACUGAUAGAGGAUGUCCGACACACUUUAUCCUUAGUAUCUCGGUUUAACGGUUUUGUGUAUACUUGUUAAAUCGUCUAGUAUCCAUUUCUUGAGAAUCUGAAGCCAGUGUUUGAUUAUUUGACCUUACUGAACUCUUGAUACAAGUUAACAGAAUGCACAUAAGGUUUAUUAACAAAAAUAAUAAAAUAACGAAAAAUGGAAAACUGUAAAAUAAUUAAUUCAAGAUGCGAGCUUAAUAGAAAUAUAAUCACUAUCAUCAU